AUGAAGCUGUCAACUGCAAUCACCGUGGGUUUGGCCCACCGGGCAUUGGCUGCCAAUCCCCAGAUCGACUAUAACUCGGCACCACCAAACCUCUCUACUUUGUCGAAUGCAUCCCUUUUCGACACAUGGAGACCCAGAGCCCAUCUCCUGCCUCCGUCUGGCAAGCUAGGUGAUCCGUGCGCCCAUUACACCGACCCGAAGACUGGUCUUUUCCAUGUGGGUUGGCUUCACGAUGGAAUUUCGGCAGCUACAACCGACGAUCUCGUUACCUAUAAGGACCUCAAUACCGAUGGUGGCCCGUCAAUCAUCGCGGGAGGAAAGAACGACCCUCUUGCUGUCUUUGAUGGCUCCGUCAUUCCAAACGGUAUCGACGGUAUGCCAACUCUUAUAUAUACCUCUGUCUCGUAUCUCCCAAUUCACUGGUCCAUCCCCUAUACACGAGGAAGCGAGACACAGUCCUUGGCCGUUUCCUAUGACGGUGGACGCAACUUCACCAAGCUCAACCAAGGCCCCGCUAUCCCAGCACCUCCAUUUGCCGUGAAUAUCACCGCUUUCCGUGACCCCUACGCUUUCCAGAGUCCCAUUCUGGACAAAUCUGUCAACAGUACCGAAGGAACCUGGUAUAUCACCAUCACUGGCGGUGUCCACGAUGUCGGACCUUGCUCGUUCCUCUACCGUCAGCAUGACGCAGGUUUCCAAUACUGGGAAUAUCUCGGCCAAUGGUGGAAUGAGCCCGUCAAUACCACUUGGGGCAACGGUGACUGGGCCGGAGGAUGGGGCUUCAAUUUUGAGGUUGGCAAUGUCUUCAGCCUGAAUGCAGAGGGGUACAGCAAGGACGGCGAAAUCUUCAUGACUCUCGGUACUGAGGGUUCGGGCCAACCCGUCGUUCCCCAAGUCUCUUCAAUUCACGAUAUGCUGUGGGUGUCUGGAAAUGUCACAAAUGACGGCUCCGUCAUCUUCAAGCCAAUCAUGGCGGGUGUACUUGACUGGGGCCUCUCUGGGUACGCUGCUGCAGGUCAAAUCUUGCCGGCGAGCUCUCAGGCAUCCAAAAAGAGCGGUGCCCCCGAUCGUUUUAUUUCGACCGUCUGGCUCACUGGAGACCUAUUUGAGCUAGCGAAGGGAUUCCCUACCGCUCAACAAAACUGGACCGGCGCCCUCUUGCUGCCACGAGAGCUGAAUAUCCGCACUAUCCCCAACGUGGUGGAUAACGAGCUGGCGCGCGAGGAGUUCACAUCGUGGCGCGUGUCCCGCGAAGGUGCCGGUCAAGUCGACCUCGAAACAAUGGGAAUAUCACUUGCCAGGGAGACUUACAGCGCUCUCACAUCCGGCCCGUCCUUUGUCGAGUCUGGUAAGACGCUGUCAAAGGCUGGCGAACAUCUCUUCCCUGCCUCCGCUCGCGACUCCGAUAUUCAAGCUGGCUUCCAGGUCUUGUCCUCUGGUCUUGAGGCUACAACUAUCUACUAUCAAUUCUCCAACGAGUCUAUUAUCGUCGACCGCAGCAACACAAGUGCCGCGUCGAAGACUACUCAUGGAAUUCUCAGUGACAACGAGGCGGGUCGUCUUCGCCUCUUUGAUGUCUUGGAUAAUGGGAAAGAAAAGGUUGAGACUUUGGAGCUCACCGUCGUGGUGGACAAUGGAAUACUCGAAGUUUAUGCGAACGGACGCUUUGCUCUGGGCACCUGGGCUCGGUCCUGGUACGCCAACUCGACUGAAAUCAAAUUCUUCCACAACGGAGAGGGAGAAGCGACAUUCGGCGAUGUGACAGUCUUUGAGGGACUGUACGAUGCCUGGCCACAACGGAAGUGA